AUGACCGUGCCACGCUCCAACAGAGCGGUGGUCUUGGCCGCCGUUGUCUUUAUCACCAUCUUUCUCGGCUUGGCGCAUUUCCAUCUGAAGUCUCCCAUUGAGACGUCGACAACCCUCAAGAGCGGAGUUGACGAACCCGCUCCCGCCAUCCCCGAGAAAGAAGUCGCCGCUACAGUCGCGACUUACGUCCCCGGCGAAGAUGAAGAAGUCGCCGCGACACCGGUUGUCCCGGUCGUGAUCAAAACCCCGGAGCCCGAGAAGCACCAUGCCGUCACCCCCGACACGCCCGAGGUCGACCCUGCCGAAGCCCCCAGUGAUCCUGAAGAGAUCGCUGAGGCUGAGGAGCAAGCUAUGAAGGAGGCUGAGAAGGAAGCUAAGGAGGAGGCCAAGGGGGAGGCCAAGGAAAAGGCUAAGGGAGAGGUUGCCGCUGAGGUCGAUCCCACUCCUGCUCCCGCUGCCGAGGAGGAGCCGACGUCUACACCUGAAGCUAUUGAGGAUUCCGAGUCCAUGGAAGAGUCCGAAGAUGUCGAGGAGUCCGAAGCACCUGAGGAACCCGAAGCCCCCGAGGCUCCUGCGAUUCCCGAAAAGGUCAGCGGCCCCAACCUCGAUGUCUUCACACCCGAUCAAUGGAUUCGUCCCGCCGUCAAGGUCAACGAUCCUGAAUACUACCCCUACGGCCACUGGCCCUCCAAGCUUCCCUCCGACAAGCCCAUCUGGAACAAGCCUCUCGGCAAGAAGCUCUGCAUCAUUGAUCUCGAGAGCCGUCGCUUCGACAAGCCCGGCCAGCUGUGGUCCGAUGAGAUGACCUGGAACAAAAGCCGACAGGUCCACGGCCCGUCUGGCGGCUCCCUCAACCACUGGGUCUACGCCAAGAUCCACGGAUACGAGUACUACCACAUCAAGAUCAACGGAUACCCCGACCGUCGCGACUCAUGGAAGAAGCCAUCUGUCCUAUCUCAGGUCCUCAAGAAGCAUGACGUCUGUGUCUUCAUCGACUCCGACGCCCUCUUCAACAAGCUGGAUCUCCCCAUGGAGUGGCUGAUGAACUACUGGAGCAUCGACCCCAAGAACAACUCCAUGGCUCUCCCCUACGACCCCGACACCCAGCACAACCGCGACCGUCGGGGCAACCUGUUCCUCAACACCGGCUUCAUGAUCAUGCAGAACAAGAAGAAGAUUUACGAGAUCUUCAAGGAGUGGGACGACUGCGCCAACGAAGGCGGCAAGUUCCCCGGCUGCACCGAGUUCCGCAACCGCAAGGGCUGGCAACCAACCGACCAGGGCGGUUUCGGCACCUUCAUCCGCUACGAGUACGGCGAUGAGAUUCUCUCGCUUCCCUGCACGGAGGCUAACGGCUUCCCCGAGAGCAACUCAGGCUGUGAUGGCAAGUUCAUCAAGCACGUCUGGAUCGGCAAGGAGGAUCGUCUUGUCCAGGCCGUCGGCGCCGUCUUCCCCGGUGUUCUCCUCGAGACCUUCCACAAGCAAUUCCUCAAGGAAUCUGAGAAGUUCAAGACUUCGGAGGAUGAGCUUAUUGCUGCCAACGGACCUCCGUGGUAA